GCUUUCGGUGGAUCCUAGAAUCAACAACAAAGUUUGUUUGGCCACGUUCAGCUUACCGGUCAAGUUGUAGUAGUAGGCCUAGCUAGGCCUAGUGGAAAACUCUUCUUAAAUAUAUUGGUAAAUUGAAAGCUUUCUGAUGCGAACUUAGGAACAGAAAUAGAUUGAUUUUGACAACGCAACAGAAAAUGGAGAAACCGAGUCCGAGUAAUUCCUUCAUUACUCUGUGUCUUGGCAUCAAUCUCUGCUCAUCCGUUACAAUCGUCUUUCUCAACAAGUGGUUGUACGUCAACUACGGCUUUCCAAACGUUACCCUCACCUGUGUCCAUUUCAUUAUGACAUCGCUAGGCCUGGAAAUUUGCCGACGUCUCAACAUCUUCUCACCGAAAUCUUUACCAAUUAAAAGCGUUCUGCCAUUAAGUCUAACAUUCUGCGGUUUUGUUGUGUUUACAAAUCUAUCACUACAGAAUAACACAGUGGGCACGUACCAGCUGGCUAAAGUAAUGACCACACCUUGUAUAUUGGUCAUUCAGACUUUUUUCUACAACAAGACUUAUCCGACCAAAAUAAAAUUAACUAUAGUACCAAUAACUUUAGGUGUUAUAUUAAAUUCUUGUUAUGAUGUCAAAUUUAAUAUUGUUGGUACAAUAUAUGCUACUCUUGGGGUGCUUGUAACGUCUUUAUAUCAAGUGUGGGUGUCUACAAAGCAGAAAGAGUUCCAAGUAAAUUCGAUGCAACUGCUUUACUACCAAGCUCCUCUAUCUUGCAUCCUCAUUUUAAUCAUCAUUCCUUUCUUUGAACCAGUCUUUGCUGCUGGUGGACUUUUUCAACCGUGGUCCUCUGGUGCUAUUCUUGUAAUGCUUGCUUCAGGAUUUGUUGCUUUUUCUGUCAAUUUAUCAAUUUUUUGGAUUAUUGGAAAUACAUCACCUGUCACAUACAACAUGGUAGGACACUUCAAAUUCUGUUCGACGCUACUAGGUGGAUAUUUCAUCUUCCGUGACCCUCUCCACCUUAACCAGACUUUUGGAGUUGCUAUGACUUUGUUUGGAAUCAUUCUCUACACACAUUUUAAGCUUGAAGAGCAAUCGACUAACAAGCUACUAACAAAAGUCUGAUUUUAAUUUGAUCAGGCUUUGCUUAUUAAGUGCAGAGUCGAGUGAAGAAAAACCAAAUAUUUCCCAAUGAAGCACUCCAGUACAAAGUAAAGUUUAACAAGAAUUCAAAAAUAUAAACAGCUGUAGUAAAAAACAAAUAACUUAUGUAAAAUUCAUGUAAUGUCUAAAUUAUAUCGUAUCCUCUGUAAGAUAUUAACAUUUUUAAUAGUUGUAAGUUAAUUCAGUUUUGUGUAUUUUUGUUUGGCAUACUUUUUUUUUGUUUUUUAAAAAUUUUGUAUUGUUUUUGUAUUUAAGUAUUAUUAUGACAAUGAAGACUUUGUUAAAAACCUGGGGAAGAUCCAGAGAUGUGGGUGGAGGGGGGGGGGGCGAAAGUGGGACCAAUCAAGACAAUAUUGCAAUCAAUCAAUUAUUUUUUUUUCUUCCCAAAAGCCUUUGUCCCUGAAAACAUCUGUUAUCAUUAUUAUUGUUAUUACCUCCAUCAAGGAGGUUAUGUAUUCACCAUUUGCUAGCAUGAUUAUUAUUCACUGGAUUUAUUGGUGCAAGAGUUGAUUAAAGUUUGGCUUGAAAUGUAAAAGAUUGCAAAUGGACCCACUACUGCAGAGAGUGGGUCUAAGCUGUCCAUCAUAGGGAUAUGAUAA